ACGGUAGGGAAGGCGGCUACGUGGCCGUCUUCCGACGGCCCCCGCUCUUUGCGGCUUCGCCUCAAUUCCCCCGCCUCCGCCCGAGUUGUUCACGAUCACUCGCUCCCUGCCAUGGCGAUCGCGAUGACCAUGGCGACCUCUCGCCCUUCGGUUGUUCUUGUUGAAAGACUUAGAGAAGUUCUUGGAUCCAUAUCCGAAGGGUCUCGCCUUCACAUGUUAACUGUUCAGACAAGGUUGACAUGUGGACUAUUUUGCAAUAGAAGGAGGGGCCUUGUCUUGAAAUGCUGCAUGCAUCAAUUGCUGGCUAAAAGCAGUUAUUCGACUUAUGAAUCCACACUGAGGGAACAAAAUGGAUCGCACUUCAAAAAUUUGAACGACAGGAAGAUAGUUCCUGAUUCCGAUCCUCCAAGUGUUAAAGAUGUCAACCUUCUGUAUCAAUUUAUUGAUAGGAGCCGCAAGCUUGUGGUUUUGACUGGAGCAGGAAUAAGCACAGAAUCGGGGAUUCCUGAUUACAGAAGCCCAAAUGGAGCUUAUAGUACUGGAUUUAAGCCAAUUACUCAUCAGGAGUUUGUUCGCUCAAGCCGUGCUCGGAGGAGAUACUGGGCCAGGAGCUAUGCUGGAUGGAGAAGAUUCCUUGCUGCACAGCCGAAUGCAGCUCAUCGUGCUUUAGCAUCAUUGGAGAAGUUUGGUCGAAUUAAUUAUAUGGUCACCCAAAAUGUGGAUAGGUUGCAUCAUCGUGCCGGUAGUGACCCGCUUGAAUUGCAUGGAACUGUCUAUUCUGUAGUAUGCUUAAAGUGUGACAAUUCCAUUAACCGAGAUUCGUUUCAAGACAGGGUGAAGGCCCUUAAUCCAAAGUGGGCUGCAGCAAUCGAAAGUCUGGAAUGUGGAGAUCCUGGCUCCGACAAGAGUUUUGGCAUGCAGCAACGGCCUGAUGCUGACAUUGAGAUAGAUGCCAAGUUCUGGGAGGAGGAUUUUGAAAUUCCAAACUGCCAGCAAUGUGGUGGAAUAUUAAAACCUGAUGUUGUCUUUUUUGGUGAUAAUGUUCCCAAAGACAGAGCUGAAAAGGCUAAAGAAACUGCAAGAGAAUGUGAUGGUUUUUUAGUCAUUGGUUCAUCAGUGAUGACCAUGUCUGCUUUCAGGAUCGUGAGAGCUGCUUAUGAAGCAAAUGCUGCUGUUGCAGUUAUCAACAUAGGCAAGACAAGGUGUGAUGAGUUUGUGUCCUUAAAAAUCAACGCGAGAUGUGGGGAGAUUCUUCCCAGAGUACUUGAGAUGGGUUGCCUUGCUAUACCCAGCAUCAAUUGAAGAUGUGAAUUCAAUGAUUACUAGCUCCUAUCAGUAUAAGACACUCCAGAGAAUCCUUGGAUGAGUAUGACAGUGAACAAGCAUAAGUUGAUGCAGCUUUUUCCAAUAUCCACUGCACCCCAAGAUCUGUAAUCUUAAUUUAUAUAUCUAGUCUCUGAAACAACAGCCUGACAAAUUAUUUGGUUCUUGAAAAAAUGAAUCAUGGAGAUAGAAAGUACUUAUAAAUAUCCACAACUGUUUUUGUUGGUUUGUUGUACUCCAAUUUAAUUCCAUGUUGAUGGAACAACUUUGUCCCA